ACACGGUCGCGUAGCGCGGCAGUCGUUCCGUAGCAGUCGUAGAGGUUACGCUGUAGCACAGUCUACGGCCGUGUCAAACAUUCAUUCUCGUAGAAAUUGCUUCGUAUAGUUGUGAAGAGAUGUUAGUUUAAUUUGGAUGUGACUUUUGGAUUUUAUAGGUAAAACAAGAAUAUGGAAAGCAUAAAUCAAACACAGCUAUCGAUUCAAAACUGCAAACUGCCGUGCUAAAGUGAUCAAUGUUACAAAGCUGGUAAAAUAGAGAGAUGGCCUGUAAACUUAUACAAGUGCUAACUAUAGCACUAGCAAUACAUGUAAUUGAUGCAACAAGACUGAUGUGCCCAAGUCAUCCUAACUGCGUUUGCGGUGGCACGUUCGCUCUGGAACUCAAUUGCAACAUCGAUGGACAAGUUGUUAAGAUAAACCUAUUACCGAAUACCUACAUAAGUAUAAGAUGUGAAAAUGUUUCAAGCUUAGAUUAUAGUAAACUACCAAAAUGUGCCAAUGAAAUGAAUAACUUCAAAUCAGUCAGUUUUAAAGACUGCCCCGUACCCAAAACUUCUUUCAAAGAUGUUUUGGAACAGCUUGGCGUAUCAAAGACGAUGUCACUUAUAUUUCAAAAUGCAAAGAAUCUUCCGGGGUAUUUCGAUAGAAGACAUUUUGCUGGACUGCAAGAUUUAACAAAACUAUUACUGUCUGUAAGUGGUAUUACCCAUCUCCCGGACAAUCUCUUUAUGGAUGUUCAUAAUUUGACCUGGCUCAAUAUAAGAUGUAAUAGCAUCAAUAUUUCUGAGCAGCUCUUUAAGCCGCUAGAAAAGUUAGAAACUUUGGAAAUAAGUCAUAAUCAAAUGACAAAUGUGUCUGCGAAUUUAUUCUCGCACUUAGCGUUCUUAAGAAAACUGUCACUGUGGCAAAGUAAUGUUACUUGGUUUUCAAAAGAUUUCUUCACCGGCGUAAACGUCCUCGAAGAAUUAGACCUGAGUUCUAAUGGACUUAACGAACUUCCAACACUUAUUUUUAAACCUUUGAUAAAGUUGAGGAAACUCACAUUGUUCUCGAAUAAGUUCUCAACUCUACCACAAAAUCUAUUUUCAACAAAUAAUAACUUGGAGACUGUUAUAAUACUCAACAACGAUGUUAAAAUGAGAGAACUUCCACGAAGACUGUUUGGUAAUUUACUCAAUUUGAAACAAAUUUACAUUCAACGAUGUGGUUUGGAGAUAGUACCUUAUGAUGUCUUUGGAAAUUCCUCUCAAUUAACAAACAUAUCAGUAGCUUACAACGAUAUUCAAUCAUUACAAGAGUCGACAUUUAACGAUCAAAUCAAUUUACUGGAGCUUGAUUUAAGUCACAACAAAUUGAAAAACUUGGAACCAAAGUUAUUUUCUUCGUUAGUGAGAUUGGAAAAACUGAACUUAGCUCACAACACAAUAGAAGAAAUUUCCGGAUUAACAUUUUCAUCUCUAUUAAGCUUGAUAGAUUUAAAUAUGGAACAUAAUAAUCUGAAGACAAUAUCGUCAUAUUUAUUUAUCAAUAAUAAGCAGCGUAUGUCUAUAUCUUUCGCAUACAAUGACCUUGAUUUUGUUAAUAAGGAACUAAGCAACAAUUCUUGGAUAGUGAAAAGAAUAUCUCCUUUUGCAAUGACUUACAAUUUAAAACUCCUGAAUCUGAGUCACAAUCAGUUUGAUGUAAUCCAAGAUGACUGGUGGAUCAACGGCCACGAUUACUUAGAUAUCAGUCAUAACUCGAUUCAGUAUCUUACGAAUCAAGCAAUUGAUGCCGACUUAAGAUUGGGAAAUAAACUGAUAAAACAUAUUUGGAUUUCACAAAACCCGCUCAAAUGCAAUUGUCGAAACUUCAAGUUCCUUGAUAUUAUCAAAGAACGUACAAACGUAAAGGUGAUGGAUGAAAAUUCAAUUCAUUGUUCCGUUUGGACGAGAGAAGCUUGUAAUAUAAGAUUUGUAAUAUUUGUUUGUUUUAUAUCAAUAUCAGCGUCAUUGUCAACGAUAACUAUGAUCUGUUAUUUUAAAUAUAAGAGGCAUAUUCAUUCAGUACUGAAAAAUCAAUUAUUCAAUAUAUCUCAUUCUUGUGAAAAGAAAGACAAAGAGAGAAGUGUGAUACUUAAAUAUUCGGAAAAAGACGAAGAGUUUGUCUUCAAAGAAAUUUUACCAGGAUUGAACGUACACAAAAGUUUAAAGGUUCAUAUGAAGCCGAUUUCUGCUAAUACCAGUACAUACAACUUCAUCAAGAGACUAAAGAAUAGUUCUAAUGAAAGAGAUACCACAUUAGUCAUAUUUUCAUCCAACUAUCUUAUGUCGGCAUAUAGCCAUGUGGAUAUUAAGAAAAUUCGAGGUGAAAUGUUGAAUGCCAAAAAGACUGUUUUCGUUUUCACGGAUAUGGGCGCAGAGAAUUCGAUUUACGCAUUUUUAAAGGAGCAAAGGGAUAGGCGCACAACUAUCCUUUGGAAUAAUCCAAAUUUUUGGAAUAUACUACUUCCAGUUUUGUCUAAGGAGAAAUGUAAAUUAUCAUUUCGUGUCAGUGAUAUACAACGCGCAAGAAUCGACCCGUCAAAUGUAUCCAAACUCAAUUAUCAAACGCAAAAUUUGGCAGCCUCAAUAAAUACUUCAGAUACUUUCGCACAUUGUCAAGUUUAAUUAGUUUUGUAAGCAUUAGUGAGGUAAAGACUGAAUUCUUCAACAGGUAUUAUGCAUCUCACAUCCCGUAGUCCCAAAUCACCAUAAUCUGAAUACACCAUAAAAAUUGUAAAGGAGAAGUGUAAAAAAAUGUAAAAAUAAUUUAAUAGUUCUAGAGUAACUAAUUUUAUUACUAGUAAAUACUAUUAAUAUGUAAUGUUUGUUUAAAACUGUACUCAAUAUUAUUGUGUAGGUAAACCUACGUGCAUUUUUACUGAACUUUCAAAGAAGUGUUCACACUUAUAAAAAUUAAUGUGGUUCUGUUUUAGCCUUGUACAUAUUUUAUAAUUAUUAAACGCAUUUAGUAAAUUCAUUAUGUUUGAUGGAAAAUUGUUGUCUAAGUC